AUGCAGGCCUUUGAUCCUACUCAGCAUCCCCAUCGAAGGUUUAAUCCACUCACUCAUGAGUGGGUUAUCUGUUCUCCUCACCGUAAUAAUCGACCAUGGCAAGGACAGAUCGAACCAAAUGAGGACACUAGAUUGCCGCCCUACGAUCCAAACUGUUAUCUGUGUCCGAACAACACCCGGGCCAGUGGCCAGGUCACUGAAAAAUACACAUCAACUUACUUUUUCGAAAACGACUUUGCUGCCGUGAAUGAUGUAGAAGUUUCUCAAAAAUCCGAUUCGGACCCUUUACGCAUGGCGCUUCAUCGAACCGAACCCGCUCGCGGAAAAUGCUACGUGAUUUGUUACAAUCCCCGCCAUGAUUUGACUAUGGCUGAGCUUACACCAGACGAAAUCUUGCCGAUUAUCAAAGCAUGGUAUGUACUAUAUUCCAAAAUCAAGAGGGAGCAGCCAUUCAUCAAAUACAUCCAAAUAUUUGAAAAUAAAGGCGCAAUGAUGGGUUGUUCAAACCCACACCCUCAUGGACAAGUCUGGGCUCUUUCAUAUAUUCCAACAAUCCCAACCACAGUCUUGAAAUCACAAGAAGAUUUUGCUAGCUCGGCCAUCGAUGUUCCUGAUUCAGCCCGACUCCAAGAUGGUCGACCCAGUUUGUUGUUAUCUUACGCCCACUCAGAGCUGCACCCGGAGCCCUCAGCACGUGUUCUACAUCGCACCGAGUUCUUCUUGGCAGUCGUGCCGUUCUGGGCUACCUGGCCUUUUGAAGUCCUUGUCUUACCUCACUCUCACCACAUGGCCAGCCUCCUCGAUCUGCCUCCUGGGGCCGAUCUUGACUUGGCAAUGAUCCUUUCGCACGUGACGCGCGCAUAUAACAAUCUUUUUCGCUGCAGCUUCCCAUACAGCAUGGCUAUAUUCCAAGCUCCUCCUCACUCUGAGGCGUCGGUCGCUCAACUUCAUAUUUCAUUUUGCCCUCCGCUGCUGAGAUCCGCAACUAUCCGGAAAUUUCUGGUAGGGUUUGAAAUGUUCGGUGAAGCUCAACGAGAUCUAACACCCGAAUUGGCCGCUGAGAAGUUGCGAGCGGCAGCGCUUCAACCUUACUAUAGAUAG